CCUGCCUUUUUGCCUUCCCUCACUUCCCUUCGCAGCCUGUGCACACUUCUCACAUUAUCACACAGUCCCGCACUUCGGUGCCUCGAACGUGAAGAAAGAAAGAAAUGGCUUUGUCGACAGCUCCAAUUCUUUCACCAUUAUCUUCAGCAUUGUCGUUGUUAUCAUCCAACUUUAUAAUCCCAGAUUCCUCUAUAUUUCAUGGCAUAGACACUUCAAUCAGAACAGUGAAAAGAAAUUCAAGAAACAGAGCUGUCACCAUAGCUCAAAAUGAUAAAGAUAAACCCACAAAAUUGGUGACUUUUUUGGGCAAAGGGGGUUCAGGUAAAACCACCUCUGCCAUCUUUGCUGCUCAGCAUUAUGCAAUGGAAGGUCUGAAAACAUGCUUGGUGAUACAAUCUCAGGACCCUACUGCUGAACAUCUCCUAAAUUGUAAGAUUGGAACAUCUCCUAUCAAAUGCAACAACCACCUUUCUGCAGUUAGAUUGCAAACUACUAAAAUGCUUAUUGAACCUCUGAAUCGAAUGAAGGAAGCUGAUGCUCGUCUUAAUUUGACCCAAGGAACUCUUGAAGGGGUAGUCGGAGAAGAGCUAGGUGUACUUCCUGGUAUGGAUUCUAUAUUUUCCAUGUUGGCACUUGGAAGGAUUUUGGGAUUUUUGAGGAAUACAAGUCAGGGGAGAGGUCAACAAGAUGAAUUUGACAUUGUUGUACUUGAUGGUAUAAGCACAGAGGAAGUUAUUCGGAUGAUCGGUGCAACCAGCAAAGCAAGAUUGUACUUGAAAUAUUUGCGUAAAUUGGCUGAAAAGACUGACCUAGGGAGGUUGGCAGGACCCUCUCUUCUGAGACUUAUAGAUGAAGCAUUGAGUUUUAGUAGUGGAGGUGCCAAUGCUAAUGUACAAUUGAGUUCAGAAGUGUGGGAUCACCUAGAAAAGACAUUGGAGUUGCAAUGGCUAUGUGCAAUGCAGAGAGGUUCUGCUUUCUUUCAAAAGCUGCAAAAGUUUUCCUGUUACAUUGUUAUGAAUCAAGAUAGCCAACUCUCUGUAAUGUCUGCACUACGCUACUGGGGAUGUGCAAUACAAGCUGGUGUUCAGGUUUCAGGUGCUUUUGCCUUUGCAUCACCAAAUGCAGAAUCAGCAGCUACAGCAAAGGAUUUUUCACCAUUGCCUUUUGCUUCUAUUCCACAUCUCUCAAUGAGUGCCCAUCCAAAUUGGAAUGAGGUUUUGAUGAAUGCUCAAAGUCAAGAUGCACGGCAGCUUCUUAACUUGACGAGUAAACAGACCUCCAUCUUUCCACCAGUUACCUUUGAUCCAGGCAACAAAUCAAUAACACUUUUCAUGCCUGGCUUCGACAAGUCAGAAAUCAAGCUAUUUCAAUUCAGGGGAGGAUCUGAACUUCUGGUUGAAGCUGGUGAUCAAAGACGAGUCAUUCAAUUGCCUUCUCAAAUUCAAGGGAAAGUUGGAGGUGCCAAGUUUAUAGACAGAAAUCUAGUGAUCACAAUGCGGUAGAGAGGUGUAGAACCUGUUAUGGCGGCUCACCUCAAUAUGAUUAUGUGAAAUAUUUAGUAGCAAAUCAUGAUUGCCCAUUUGUUUACGAAAUAUAUGUUUUCUUUUAAUCAAAGCUUGAUUGCAGUUUACCCCAUUUUUCCUAGUUAAGGUCGCCAUUGAUCCGUACAUC